AUGUCAGCACUCUUCAAGUUUCUAUCCUAUAACAUAAAUAUAUGAAUACAACUACUCCAUUUUGAUAAUGGAAAACAGCAAGUGGUUAUCUACGGUGGCUAUCAUAUGGAUUCAGAUCACCUCCGGCGCCGCGUACACCUUCGGAAUAUACUCAGCCAUCCUCAAAUCCAGUCAAGGUUAUGAUCAAACCACUCUAAACACCGUAUCCGUCUUCAAGGACAUUGGUGGCAAUAUCGGGGUUUUAGCCGGUCUACUCUACAGUGCGGUAACCUCAUCAUCUCGUUUCAGGUCUGGACUUUGGCUGGUCUACUUGGCCGGAGUGGUUCAGUUCUUUACCGGUUACUUUUUUAUAUGGUUGGCUGUGACCGGAGUCAUUGACCGGCCCCCCGUGCUGUUCAUGUGCCUCUUCAUGUUCAUGGCUGCACACGCUCAGACUUUCUUCAGCACUACGAAUAUUGUUGUUGCUGUUCGUAACUUCCCAGAUUAUAGUGGAACUAGCGUUGGCAUUAUGAAGGGUUUUGUGGGGCUGAGUGGAGCAAUACUAAUUCAAAUAUACCACACACUGUUUGGUGACAACCCAACCUCCUUCUUACUCAUGCUUGCUGUGUUUCCAGCACUAGUGUGUCUUGCUACCAUGUCUCUCGUUCACGUAAACCCUUCAAACACGAGCAAUGACAAACCUCAUUUGAAUCGCUUUUCGUUGAUAGCACUCAUUAUCGCCACAUUUCUAAUGAUCAUAAUCAUCCUUCAAAACAUCUUCACAUUCCCAUCAUGGGCUCACAUUCUCACAACAACUAUUCUUGUGAUUAUGGCAUUGUCACCUCUUCAAGUAGCCCUCACAGCUCAAAGAAGCGAACAACGAUCACCAUCCCCUGUCAUGGCCCCAUUGAUCACGACUUUAGAGGAUCAAAAUGAAGUUGAAAUGAAUCUGCUACAGGCAAUGAGCACAAUCAACUUUUGGUUAUUGUUUCUAGCCAUGGUUUGUAUAAUGGGGUCAGGGUUAGCAACAAUCAACAACAUCACUCAAAUAGGCGAGUCGCUUGACUACUCGACGGUUGAGAUCGACACAAUGGUUUCUCUAAUGAAUAUAUGGAAUUUUCUUGGUCGGUUUGGUGCUGGAUUUGUGUCUGAUUUGUUCCUACACAAAUACGGCGGGGGAAGACCGUUGUUUAUCUCCCUUACACAAUUAGCGAUGGUCGUGGGCUAUUUGACCAUUGGCUUUAGUGGGAACUUGUACAUUGGUUCGGUAAUUGUGGGUGUUUGCUACGGAUCACAAUGGUCUUUAAUGCCUACAAUCACUUCGGAAAUAUUUGGGGUAAAACAUAUGGGAACUAUUUUCAACACUAUUGCCGCAGCCAGCCCUAUGGGUUCGUAUAUAUUUUCUGUGCAAGUGAUUGGAAACAUUUAUGACAGGAAAGCAAAAGCAAGUGGGGGGUCAUGCCACGGGCUUCAUUGCUUUAGGCUUUCGUUUUCUAUAUUUUCGGCGGUUUGUGGUUUUGGUAUUAUUGUUUCCUUGGUGUUGUUUCUUCGAACAAGGGGGUUAUAUGCUUCAAUUUUGCAAAGAAGGUUGAAGGGAUAAGUUAGAAAGAGCUCUUGCGUUGGAUUCAAUUUGCAUGUUAUAUUUCUAUAUGCUAAGUUACUAAGGAUUAUUUUGUAAUGGAAUCAUGUUCCAUCAAAGAAAGAAGAUGGUGUUUUUUUAUUAGUUUUGUAGCAUAUGAUAUAUUUGGAUUUAUGUCAUUAUGUAUGAGUUCUAUCAAUGCAUUAAAUGGAAUUUGAAAUUUUGAAGCUCAUGGAAAUUGAAA